UUAGAAUACUAGUAUGAGUUGACUUGAUCUAGGGCCCUAGGUAGUACAGAUUGGUGUUGAAUGUGAACACAUCCCGGAUAUCUCGGUGUUACACUGUUUUAGUCCCCCAUUCUCACAGCCUAGCCUCGCAAUCACUGCAUCUGGACUCAUUUUCUUUCUUUUCGCUGCAUUUUAGUAUAUCUUUGUGCUUAGGUGUGCACUAUAGCAUAGAGAAAGGGCAGUAGGAAUAGUUUAUUAUUAAUAAAUGUACCAUUUGAGUCAGUCGAUACGUUGUAGGGCGCUUUAUUUUGGCUAGCUAUCUGUUUUCUCGAUGUUAACGCCAGCUAAGCUAGCUACAUAUGCUACUAGCCGCUGCUGCUUAAUAACGUGUGAUAAGAUCGUCGAAAUUUCGCAAAAACAAAUCUGAAGACAUAUGAACGAGUCAGAAAUACAGAACUAGGCCAUUCAGAUCGAUGCUUUCAGACGCUUGACGGAUCGAAAAAACCUAAACAAACAGCAGCGCGGCGUUGUCUUAUUAAAUCUCCUUCAGCUCCAGGUCUACUCAUUUACCCCCGAAGAUGUCUGAAAUCAUCCUGACGUUUCAGACCCAGCUGUCCGGAGUUAUGGAGACAGUCUUUAAGGCUGCUAUAUUUGAGAUCACCAGGCUGGUGGAGGACAGUUUCCUGGAGGAAAUGUCCCGGAGCCGUGAGCAGGUGGAGUCUCUGAAGAAGAAACUGCAGUGGUCUGAGAGUAAAGGCAGGAGAAGAUGUGCUGAGUGUGGCAACAACAAACUGUCCAGUGAGGAAAGACGAGAGAAAUCAUCACCAGGACAAACAGGUUUGGAAAACGCUCGGAUUCUUAAACAGGAGAGAAGUGCAGAGGAGAGCUGGAGAAGCUGUGGAGUUGAGAAAGCAGCAGAAGUUUCUGGAAUGGUGGAAUCAGAGCCCGAAUCCAGUCCGGUUAAAGCUGCAGAGCCUGUGGUUCAAGAGGACGAGAAGCUGGACUGCAUGCUUAAAUCUGAAGCUGUUCACUCUGCCGCCGCUUCUCAGCUAAAAGAUGAGUGGAAACUCGGUGCUGAAGUAACGGAAGGCUCUGAUAACUCUGCUCAUAGUAAAUCUUACAGUGAGCAGGAGUUACAGCAGAUUCAGAACGAUUGGAGCUCUGGGUUGGAUCAAGCCCCUGAACCUGAACCUGAACCUGAGCCGGACAUGGACCAUAUCCAGGGUCUGCUCUAUAGAAGUCGCUACAACAUGGAGGACUUGGGAAGCUACAGCAACCAGGAGCUGGAUAUGGGAGGGAUGAAUGGACUAGCAGAUCCUUCUCAUAGAGCUGCAGAGGUUUUGGGAUUCGGGGUGCUUCCGGGUUCAUUGCAGACUGACCUGGGUACGUCUGAGGAAUGCAGAAGACAGCUGAAAAAUAAACGAGGAAACAAAGGCUCACCAUCAUUACACAACGCUUCUGAUACCAGCGACAUGGACUGUUUGCUUAUUAACGAGGAAGGCUACUUGCAGGAUGUAAGCGGACUCACUCAAGCUCCAGGUGCCCCACCCGGAGACUCACAAGGACACCAGAUAUACAACAGAGAUGCGGUUAAUGACAGUACUGAUUGCUUUUACAGUGGAGAAGCAUUCAGCCAGUCACUAGAGCUGAACAAUGGGCCUGCAGGAAUCUUGGGAGAGAACAGAGAGGACAGGGAGCAUGCUUGCACUCAGUGUAUGAUCACUUUCCCAGACCAGGUUUCCCUGAAAGCUCACUUGAAUGGUCACCGACAUCGCAACAUCACCAAUUCCUUCGUCUGCAACCAGUGUGGAAAGAAGUUCCCUCAAGCCUGCAACCUGAAGGUCCACCAGCGUGUGCACCAGAGGGAAGGUCUGCAUCUGUGCAGCCACUGCGGGAAAGGCUACACGUCCUUCAGUGACCUGCGGCGGCACCGCUGCAGCCAGGCUGGAGACAAACCCUACAGCUGCUCGCUGUGUGGGAACAAGUUCAGCCGUCUGUGGAACCUCAAGCUGCACCGGCGAAUCCACACGCAGGAGAAACCGCACCGCUGCAGCAUGUGUGACAAGAGCUUCACCCGGGCUGACAUCCUGAAGGUCCACCAGCGCACGCACACCGGAGAGAGGCCGUAUUCCUGCAGGGUCUGUGGACUCACCUUUAAACGCCUCGACCAUCUCCGAUCACACCAACGCAAACACGGAGCCAACCUGAAUAACCACCAGAACUAUGUUUCUAAAAACACCACGCAGCAGCGACGCCGCGGUUCACGAAGCUCGUGUAGCUUAGCCGAGCAGCAGAGCACCGUUAGCAUGAGCACUGAAACCACACCAGAUCAGGAAGAGCUGUCACUGAGCAAUACGAGGAGUGCGCGCGCGUGUGUGUGUGUGUGUGUGUGUGUGUGUUACAUCCCGGGUCGUGUUGGCGGUUGGGAUUCAUUCUCGCUGGGUUUGUUGUGGAGGUGUAUGGGACGCAGCAGGAUGUCGGAUUCUCUCCUCCUGACGUUUCAGACUCAGCUCUCCGGCGUGAUGGAGACCAUCCUGAGAUCAGCUUUAUGUGAAAUCACCAGGCUGGUGGAAGGAAGCUUCUUAGAGGAGAUCGGUCGCGGGAAACAAGAGGCAGAAGUUAUGAGACGAAGACUGCAAAUCCUGGAAACUAAACUCAGCGAGAGAGAGAGAGUUAAACGUGUCAGGUGUACAGACUGCGGCAGAACCGGACUCUCGAAGAAGGACACCGGUCCGAGAGACCCCAGGAGGCAAAGUGAAGGUGUGGAAGUGAUUUGUGUUACAAAGCAGGAGGGUGUGUCUGAAGCUGGCAGGAGAAUCUGUGAAAAGGGAAGCGUAACGCCAGGGCAAGAGGCAACUUCAACCAUCCCUGACCCUGAGCUUAAGACUCAAGUGGAUGGAGCGAUAGUCGGUGGGACGGUGAAGGAGGAGGUCGCGGAGGCCUCAGGUGUGCAGGUCUACCCAACAGCACACUGUCCCAUCACAGCAGAUCACAGAGUCUCCCAGAGCCACAAUGCUGGGGAAAUAUCAGGCAUCCACACAUCACAGCCUGAGCACUGGCUUCCUCAGAGAGACAAGUUACCCAGCACCAGUUCUGGGAAUCAGGAUUCAGUGAAACAAAGAGCACAAUCAAAAAAGCCAGACUCUAAAAUGGAGCAUCCGGUGCAUAUAUCUCAUCCACAGUCGGAGCUUACGGCGCCUGCUUCAUCUUCCGUGUCCCCCACUGUGAACCAGCAGGCAGGCACUCCAGAAUCAGUGGCCAUUAAACAGGAAGUUGUCGUUGUGCUUCCCCCAGAAUGGGAAGAGUUGGACAGGGCGAGGACAGGGACCAUGUCCACGGCAAGCAGGGUAAGUCAGGUACGCGAAGAACUCCAGCACAGAGAUCAUCUUCCUUCAGGAACCUCAGAGGAACGACACACGGUCUAUCCAGGACCUUGUGGAAAGGAAAGCCUGUCAUCUCAGGUCACGCAGCAACUCAGGAUGCUGGUUAAAAAACAGCCCAAACCUGCUGAAAAUGCCAACGUUCUGGCGUCAAGUUCUACCAGGGGACAUUCGCUCCACAAGAGUCCUCCUCUGCCAAAACCCUCUCAGGCACUUCCACAACUCCAGCGCUCCUACACAGACGAGAGAGCCGUCAGUGCCUUGCAGGCUGGAAGAAAUAUCCCUCAGGUGGUCGGCAUUAGGACUCACGGUCACGUCGGGCACCAUGUUGCGAGGACGCCGCACAUCUGCUCGCAGUGUGGGAAGGGCUUCUCGCAUCUCUGCCACUUGAGAGCUCACCAACAGAUCCACACAGGAGAGAGGCAGUUCUGCUGCACGCUGUGCGGCCGCAGCUUUACCAAACUCAGCAACCUGAAGGCACAUCGCAGGGUCCAUACGGGAGAAAGACCCUACAUCUGCAUGGACUGUGGAAAACGCUUCACACAGAAAUGCAACUUAAAAAGACACCAGAGGAUUCACUCUGCUCACCCGUGACAACCGGUUCAGAGAGCAUCGUCUACCUGACUGUGCUUGCUAAAGCGUGAAGAGGUUUUGUGUUUACAGUGUGUAACUAUUCUAUUGUGCAGCUGUCUCUUGUUUUGUAUAUGGGUGUGUGAAUAAGUUCUCCAUCUCUUUUUCAGAUAUGUAAGCAAUAUUGUGCUCAAGACCAUGCAUAGGUGUAGUCUUUUUCCAUAGUCAUACAAUGUCAUGAAGUGGCACCACUAUGAAUUAUGAAUAAAGGACCUU